CGUAGCGGUGCUAGUCUUGCUACCUGAGAGGGGAGCGGCUAGUUGUUGACAUUCUCUGUUGCUUUUUAUUUUAUUUUCACACAACAGAAAUGGACGACCAAGGCUGUCCGAGAUGUAAAACAACCAAAUACAGAAACCCGUCGCUGAAGCUGAUGGUGAACGUCUGCGGACACACACUAUGUGAAAACUGCGUGGAGAUGCUGUUUGUGCGUGGCUCUGGCAACUGUGUGCAGUGCGACACGCCACUGAGGAAGAGCAACUUCCGCGUGCAGCUCUUUGAGGACCCUACGGUAGAUAAGGAGGUGGAGAUACGCAAGAAGGUGCUGAAGAUAUACAACAAGAGAGACUUUGACUUUGCCAGCCUGAGAGAAUAUAACGACUACCUGGAGCAAGUGGAGGAUAUAGUGUACAACCUGACAAACAACACUGACGUGGAGAACACCAAGCAGAGGAUGGAGCAGUACCAAAGAGAGAACAGAGAUGUCAUCCAGAGGAACAAGGCUAAGCUUACACGAGAACAGGAAGAGCUGGAGGAGCUGCUGUUGUUAGAACAGCAGGGUAAUGAGCAGCGAAGACUUGAGGUGCUGCAAGAGGAGCAGAGGCAGCUACAAGCCAAAAGGAAGAACAAGCAGGCUCUGCUGGAUGAACUGGAGCAGUCUCAUGUUCCUGCUGCCAUCUUGCUUGCGAAACAUAAGGUCCGUGCUGCCCAGCUGGAGACGCAGAUAGAGCAGCAGAAACAGACUGUCAAACCUGCCAGUCUAUUUUCUACUGGAAUCCAUAUGAAUCAGACGGUGUCUCUUCAGCCUUUGCCCAGGAUAGAAGAAGUCCUUUACCAAUACAAGCCACUUCAGGUUGAAACGUACGGACCGCCAGUACCAGAACUGGAGCAGCUGAGCCGACUCGGGUAUCUGAACCACGUGCGGGCCGCCAUGCCUCAGGACACAGCUGGAGGAUACACCUCAGCUUUGGCGUGUCAUCGAGCCAUCCAGGAUGCUUUCAGUGGGCUUUUCCCACAGAGAGGCUGAGCCCAUCCACAGCUUAAACAGUGCGACAGCCAGUGGGUAGAAGUGUGACUGAACGAUCCAGAAAUACCACACAACUGCCACGAUAGAGAGCCACAGCUGGUACAGUGAGCAGUGUUUUGAUUCUUUUAGGAGUCAAGAGUGUACAUUUUUUAGGUUUUGUUUAUUUUUAUAUAUUUAAAUAAAUUCCUAAUGAAGAAAA